UCUCUCUCUCUCCUUAUAAAUUUCAGAUUCAUUAGCCUCCUUCCUUUUUCUUCCCUUACAAACGCACCCUUUGCAUUCCUCAAAAUAAAAAAGUAGUCACUAAAACUUACGGAUCUCACAUUCAUUUGCGUUCAUUUUACUUACUCUCUCUCUCUCUCACCAGAAAACACUCAGUUAAGCUUACAAACCUGAAAAUAGUCACGGAAGGUCAAAAACCUCACAUCCAUUACUCUCUCUCCCUCUCUCUUACAAAACUCACAUUCAUUACUCUCUCUCUCUACUCUCUCCCCUCCUACUUUAUAAAGGAAAAUUGUUCUAUGUGGUGGGGGACAUAUUUCUACUAUUUCUUUUUUCUUUCUUUUUUCAUGUUCAUGAUCUACAUGUUUGAGAUUAUAUGCCCUUAAAAAUUCGGUUCAAAAAUCCAUUUCUACAUGUACUCAUGGAGGCCACGUCCUUUUAUUAAACCAACCGUUUUUAUCCCCAAAACCAAAAAAGAAAUCAUCUGUUGCAGACUUGCAGUGCACGCCUAUCCCCCAAACCAGGUGGCUACUAUCUUAACUUUGAAGCAUUCUUCUCGACAAAGUCUCUGAGACCUGGAUUUUUUAGCCAUGACUUUUUCUUUCUCUCUUUCUUAUAAUAUAUGUUUUCCUCUCAAAAACUCUCCUCCCUUAUACCCCCCCUCCCUGUCCCUCCAACCAAUCCCAUUCUUAAUGCCUGAAAAUACCCGCAACCCAUCAAACUCGAAUCCCUUCUAUCCGCCCAAUAUCAGAGUUUCACAGAGUCCCCAAAUUAGGGUUAGGGCUCCAAAGAGAAUCAGUUGCAGACGAACCACUUCGGAUAUGGAGUACCAAGUUGACUGUGUAGGCACUGGCCAAGACGUAGAGUGCGUUAUGAACUCUGAAGCUGAGGAGCUGAUGAAGAAGGACACGUCCAGCUUCGAAGUCGAAGGAAAUGGAGAAAUGGGUUUUGGUUCUGAAAGUUCAAUUGUUAAUGGGGUAUUGGAUACUCUCUUGCUGAUCUCUCCAUUCUUCUUUUGGGGAACAGCUAUGGUCGCCAUGAAAGAGGUUUUGCCAAAAGCUGGGCCUUUCUUUGUUGCUACAGUGAGGCUAAUUCCAUCUGGCCUUUUAUUGAUUGGGUUUGCUCGGUUCACAGGAAGGAAGCAACCUUCAGGGAUUUGGGCAUGGAUUUCAAUUGCAUUAUUUGGAUUGAUCGAUGCAACUUGUUUUCAGGGGUUUCUCGCAGAAGGCCUGCAGAAGACUUCCGCAGGGCUCGGAAGUGUUAUCAUAGAUUCACAGCCCUUAACGGUGUCAAUACUUGCAGCCUUGUUGUUUGGUGAAACCAUCGGUUCCGUUGCAGCAGCUGGGCUUCUGUUAGGUGUUAUAGGUCUUUUGCUACUUGAGGCUCCUGCACUCUCCUUGCAAGGUGACGAUUCAUCGCUUUGGGGCAGCGGAGAAUGGUGGAUGCUCCUUGCAGCUCAAAGCAUGGCAGUGGGAACUGUCAUGGUCCGCUGGGUGUCCAAGUACUGUGACCCUGUCAUGGCCACAGGAUGGCACAUGGUUCUUGGGGGCCUUCCUCUUCUGGUUAUCUCCAUGCUUAAUCAUGAUCCUGCUAUCAGUGGUAGUCUUAAGGAGUUUACUCUGGGUGAUAUUGGGACACUCGCCUAUACCUCUGUGUUUGGAAGUGCUGUCAGUUAUGGUGUUUACUUCUACAAUGCUUCCAGAGGUAGUUUGACAAAGCUCAGCUCCCUCACAUUUCUAACGCCAAUGUUUGCCUCUCUUUUUGGCUAUCUUUACCUGGAUGAGAGAUUCACACCUCUGCAACUGGUUGGAGCUCUUGUGACUGUUGUCGCCAUCUAUAUGGUCAAUUUCCAGCCCAGAAAGCAAGCUGAAGAUGGUUGAUGCAAAGGUGAAAUGCUAUCAGUUUAUGGUUCUCUUCAACACCCUGUAAUUACAUAUGGAAGUAAAGAGGACCAGGGGCAUAUCAUUCGACUUCCUAUAACCAUUGAUUGUACCAUAUAUGGGAUUCCACUUCCCAAAAAGAAUGGCCUUUAUUCUGAAAGUUUUAUGCAUCACGUUAAAUACUCUGGGUGAUGUAAUAUGUGGAGCAGUUGAGCAGAACAUUUUUUAUACUAUUAUGAGAAAAAGAAAAGCAUGGUUCACUCUCUCUUGAUAAUCGGCUGAAGAAAAGCAUUGUUAA